AUGCCGUCUGUAAAACGCCCAUUACCACGGCUGGCCGCCGCGUGCCCAGCAGUGCACUGCCAGGCCGGGCGUAAAUGUCACCCUCCCCUUGGUCCUGAGCAGGGAGGGAGGGAAGGAGGGAGCGGAGGAGCCCCCCCAGCGCUCCGAGAGCAGUUCUGCUGCAUGUGCCAUCACAAGUCGGCUCAGGAGCUCACGCUAAAAACGCGUGAUGAUCUUAGAUCCGUGCAGCGGAGGCAGGUGUGGAAGUCUCAGCUACUGCGAGAAGGCCAGAGCGGAAAUGGCCUGGACCAUGUUCUUCUGCUCAGCGUGGACCGAGGCAAAGCAGAGCAGCGAAAGACGGGGAACUGUUCCCGGCUCGAGCUGCGCUGUGGUCUGGAGUUCCUCCUGGUGCUGUGUGGGUUGGAGCUGUCACAGUCGUGCCCGCGCCACUGCAUCUGCUAUAGCUCGCCCAGCACAGUCAGCUGCCAGGCACACAACUUCCAGGUGGUUCCUGAGGGCAUCCCGGCGCAGAGCGAGCGCGUCUUUCUGCAGAACAACAAGAUCCAGCGCCUGCUCCAAGGGCACUUCAGCCCCACCACCGUCAUGCUGUGGCUCUAUUCUAACAACAUCUCCUACAUCCAGCCCUCCACCUUCAUGGGCUUCACACGCCUGGAGGAGCUCGACCUGGGCGACAACCGCCACCUGCGCUCGCUGGCAGCCGACACUUUCCAGGGCCUGAACCGCCUCCAUGCGCUCCACCUCUACCACUGCGGCCUCCUGAGCCUGCCUGCGGGCCUUUUCGAUGGCCUGCACAACCUGCAGUACCUUUAUCUACAGGACAACCAGCUGGAAUUCCUGGAGGACGACAUGUUCGUGGACCUCCUGAAUCUCAGCCACCUCUUCCUGCAUGGCAACAGGCUGUGGAGCCUCCACCAGAACACCUUCCGUGGCCUCGGUGCCCUGGACCGAUUGCUACUCCACCAGAACCGGCUCCAGUGGAUCCAUCAGCUGGCCUUCCAUGACCUGCGGCGCCUGACCACACUCUACCUGUUCAACAACUCCCUCCCGGAGCUGGCCGCCGAGAGCCUCGCAAUGCUGCCAGCCCUGGAGUACCUACGACUCAACGACAACCCUUGGGAAUGCGACUGCAAAGCCGUGCCGCUCUGGGAUUGGCUGCGGCGCUUCCGAGGCUCCACCUCCUCGGUGGUGUGCAUGGCUCCACCGGAGCUUGCGGGGAAAGACCUGAAGCGGGUGAAAAAGGAGGAGUUGCCUGCCUGCACCGGUUCAGAGUCCCUGCACCAGAGCAAGUCCAGCCAGGGGGAUGUAGGGGUGUCUCUGAAGAAGGAUCAUCAUCACCGAUCCCACUCCCACCAUCACCACCCUCACCUGCCUCACCAGGACCAACACUUCCCCCCUUCGUCAUCCCCACUGCCUGCGCCGCCAAAGGCGGGGCGCAACAGGAACUGCACAAGGCACCGCGGACGGAAGGGCAAAAGCCAGAACGAGGUGUACAGCCUUAAAGACUUGGGCAGUAAGGAGGGGGACGGCAAAUAUGACCCUUCAAAUCCCGGAGGAUCCCCACCAAGACGAAAGAACAAGUGCAUCCCAAGGACCUCGGUAGGGCCUCCUAGUGGGGUUCAGAGAGCCACCAACAGAGCAAUGUCACUGGUGCAUUCUUUGCUCCUUCCUGUCACCCUGCUGGUUCCCCUCAUAACCUUUAUACAGCGCUGAGCCAACAUGGCCCUUUCUUUGUGGUUACACUCGACUACUAACUCAGUCCUCAAUCUACUCUGGCUCCUACACUAAUGUGCGUGUGUGGGUUUGUAUGGUUGUAUGUGUGCGUUCUUAAGUGUGUGCGGUUAUCAAACGUGUUUAUGUGGUAAACUCUAAAUCACGAGCCUGAUUUUUUUUUUUAAAAGGCCUGGACUUCAGUACGUGAUGGGGUGAAAUUCACAUACCUGGCUCUGGCUUCCCCAAGAGCUGGUAAAAGCCUUGUAGACUCUGUCCCUGUGUUCUCCGAUGUUCUGUACAAACACAAUUUAGAUCCAAGGUCACAAACAUACACGCCACAUAUUCGGUAACAAGCGAUGGAGGACGAGCAGUAUAUGUUUUUGCACACAUUCCAACCUACACAGCACUGCAGGCUCAUUAGUUACCCACCGUGCUCUGGACCACGGCCAUUAUCUUCUCCCCAUCACAAGCACUGGGCCUUCGGCCCACGGACACGCUGAUGCACGCUGUUCUCAGCAGGGCGAAGUGCGUGGGCGAGACACAGCAACCAAAUAUUAACACGGGCGCUUUCAGGUACGCUUGUGCUAAAGAAUUAGCCUGUCAGCAUUAAAGGGAGGGUACUUAACUCAGUCUCUCUCUAGCUUUAGACAGAGAUGUGGCCAUACUGAAGCUCAGCUCACGCGUAGGCGGGUUUUGCGCUUAUGUCCUUAUGUUUCAUCACAUUUAUGUGGAAUACCUACCUUUUUUUUCAAAGCACACUGAAGUCUGUUGACCUUAAGCUGCUAGUGGGGCUCAGUCUUUGAGGUGGAGAGGUACUCUGUGCCAGGGACUGUCUGAGUGCGUCUUGUUUGCUUAGCCGUGGGUUUGUGUGCUCUGGAAGGCACUGCAUAUUACAAGAACCAUUGGGCAGAUGGUAGUAAAAGAAGUGAUGUGGUCAAAUAUAGCUCCUCCCAUGGCAGUUCACCCAAGUAUGCCAUCCAUCAUCGUGAUACAUGGGGCUUCUCCAUUUCAUUGCUCACCGGGAAAUCUGUCUACAGCACAAGUUGCACGCCACGGUCAAGGAAAUCUACAGGAGAGCACAAAGAGACAAAACUCUCAUCUGCAAACCGCAAACCUGAAGACCAACACAUCUAUAGACAUAACGUUGGAGCUACAGGGUGAGCCUUCGGAACAAAGGAGGGGCCAAACGCCUGUCCCUCACGUCCCUCAGCCAUAAUUCUGACCAAUAAAAAGUUCCUACAGUGAGCGAGAAAACUGUCAGCGCCCCCUCUGGACUGGACGGCACUUUCCCCAGCCCAUUCUCUGUUCCCUCUACUCAAAGACUACUCCUAGAAAUUUAUACUAAAGUGAACUGAGAUUACUAUGAACUGACUGUCAUUGUGAGCAUUGAUUUAUUUGAGAACAGCACUCGUCACGUUCUAAGAAAAAAAAGACUGUGUCUUCCUCCUCAAGGCGAGGGGUUUUUUUUUGUAAUCAUGCAUUCUUCUCUUUUCUAUUCGUUCAUUGUUAUAAUUUCAGACAUAGAGUGCACCGUGCUGUCACCCUUUUUUCCUCCCCCACAGCCUGGUCCUCAUCCCGUGCUCUUUCUCUCUCUCUCUCCCUCUCUCUCUCUUCUUCGCUGUGACUCAAACUUUUUGUCUGUUGUUAUCAAACACCACCAGACUGCAGAAGCUGUUUCUAAAGAACAUUAAAGAGAAAAUGUGGUCUUACUGCU